AUGAACAAGAUGAUGGAUGUUCUAGAAGAACAGACGGCACGGCAGCUGCAGCAAAAGCUGCGACGGAAGUCGGGGACCAUCGGCGAAGAAGACGUUGAGCCACUGGAGCCAAAUCAACAGCCUGAGGUCGAUACGAUCCGCCUCCAUGAGCCGAGCUCCUUCGAUUCAUCUCCAGAGAGCGGCCGGCGGGCGAAAGCCGCAUAUCAAGCCUCCGCCUCCUUGACUUCCGUCUCUCCGAAGCA